AUGUCAUCUCUCCCACGAAAGACGGGCAGCAGCGGCAUUGCAGCCCAACGAGGAGCAGCAGGUUCCAGUUCCAAGAGUGCCCUGCCGAGCAGUCAGUAUUUGGAUGCGCUCAGUGUUCUCUGCGAACAUACCAUGGCGGAUGCCAUUGCCUUGGCUCUAGGCGACAAGGACUACACACCCUCCAGCGGCGGCGGCGAAUACAAGAAACUGCUGGAAAUUGAAGCCAAGUGCAGGGAUGCUGCCAAGGUAAUUCACAAGGAAGCCAUUGUCACACCGGCUAUUGCGUUACCGCCUUCCAUGCCUACCAUUCCCGCCGCCCGCGUCAAUCCCAGUGCUUCUGCAAAGAAGUCCACUACUGUGGGCAAAUCCGCUCCCAAAGGACUGGUGGGGAAGAGUAUUGCACAAUCCAAUGCAUCCAAGGCUGGACUGAUGCGACGAGGGAGCAUAGCUGGAGCUAGACAGGGUUCAGCGAAACGAACCAUGAAAUCCGAAAGCGAGGAUACCACUGCGACGGGGACCAACAAGAAGGCUCGUCUCGCUGCUGCUAGUGGCACAUCAGGACAAGGAGCAUCUUCCACAAGUGCCGAGAUCAAGAGCGAUGCCCCACCCCCCAGUGCUCUGAAUUUCUUGAAAAAACUAAACCAGGAUAAGGCAGCAGCUGCUGCAGCUGAAGACGAUGAUAAUACUAGCGACAAUACCCCCAAACAAUCCACGAAAGAGAAAACAGAGACUACUGGCAAGACGAGAAGUAGUAAGAAAGAAAAAGAAAAGGAAUCUGAAAAAGUGCAGCAGCAGGACGAAGACAACGAGUCAGAUAAUGCUUCCGAAGCUAGCAGCGAGCACAAACGCAGCUCUCCUGCCAAGAAUCCUCCAAGAGAGGGCACAAGAAAGAACCCAACCAGAGGAGCACGGAAAUAA